AACAAAGCCAAGGUUGAGGCGUCCAUCGCCAAUGCAUACUUACUUGCAGAAAUGUCAACCUUCUCUUCGUUUUACUUUGAAGAUCAAAUAUCUACAAAGUGGACAACUUUGCCUCGCAAUAUUGAGAUGCCCGUUGCUGAAAAUGAUGAUCCUCUUUGUCUCGCCAUAUUCAAACCUAUUGGGCGUUCACUUGGCCGAGGGACGAAGAGAUACAUGGAUGAGCGCGAAUGGCAUGCUGCACACAUGUAUAUUUUGAGCAAUUGUGCAGAGGUUGCAGAGACAUAUAGCAAGAUCUUCAAGGAGGAAAAACGAUAUGCAAAUCCUUACAUGACUGAUGUAGAGUUUGAAGUCGUGUUUCACAACGAGUUUAUUCUGUGGUUUAACCAUUACGUUUGUCGUCCUUGUAACGACGAGUUGAACCCUUAUAUUAGGUCGCUUGCAGCUGGACCAUUAAGGGAGAUUGAAACAUACUCCGGCUAUUUCGUGAAUGGCUACAGGUUUCACACAACUGAUCAUGAUAGAGAGAGUGCGACUGUGAACAGUGGCGUUUGCAUAAAAGGUUCGGUCUAUGGUAGUGAUAGAGAUGUGCUAGACUUUUAUGGGCGUCUGCAAGAGGUUUGCGUGCUGGAGUAUCCGGGGUAUCCAAUUAAGCAGACAGUCUUGUUCAACUGUGAAUGGUUUGACUUGUCGGCUCAGGGAACUUCUAUUGAUACAGACUUCAAGUUAGUUUCACUGAACCACACACGAAGAUAUAAGAAGUAUGAUCCCUUUGUUUUGGCGAGUCAAGUAGUUCAAGUGUUUUACUGUCCCUAUCCCAGUACGAACCAAUCAAAGAAAAAUUGGUGGUCAGCAUGCAAAGUCAACGCAAGAUCUAAGGUUGAAGUGUCUACUGCAGCAUCUACAUCAACAUUAGAUCAACCAUUUCAAGAAGAAGUGGUUACUAUUAUGCCUACUCACACAAGUGUAGGCAUUGAACAACCACUUCUCCUUCAUCCCCUCGGUGGAGUCGUUGAGAUUGAAGAUGACGAUGAAGCAGAAGACGAUGAUUCCCCGUUGACAUCUAACGAUAAUGAUGAUGAUAGUAGUGAUGCUUAUGAAUAAAUGUAAAUGCACAUU